UGUCAAAAAAAAAUGAAGCUGCUCUGGUUGCUGCCACUGCUGAGCCUUGCUGCUGUCGACUGUCAGCUGCAAUGUAAUGCUGCAACAAGCGUGCGGCAAAAGCGCACCGUCAUACGCAGUCCGGUGGCAGGGAAGCUGAGCGUGUUGGACACUUGCCAGUACGAGGUGGCACCUUGGAGUUCGCAGGUCUGUCAAGUACGCAUCGAUAUUGAACGCUUUGAGCUGCCACAGCCGCGCUUCAAUGCCACAAGCCAACUGCUCGAGUGUGUCGAUUUUAUGCAAGUGCAGCGUUUUCAACUCUGCGGCCGCAACAACGGACAGCAUUUGUACGUGCAAGUGCAACGGGGUCGGGCACUUAAAUUGCACUUCAGCCUCGGUAGCCACUCGACGCAGUCGACGUGGCAGCUGACGCUAACCCAACUGGAGUGUCCACAGAAUACGCUGGCCAUGGCCAAACAGCAACCUGCCACCGAUGCAUCGCACAUGCCCACUGUGCGCACCUUGUUGCCCUUUCUCAGCAAUUUCCUGCCACGCACCAUUUUCGGUGGCAAUCCUGGCAACGGUCCAGCUGCUCAGCUCAUCCAGACGCUAACUGCCCCCUCUGCUGCUGAUCUAGAACUAUUGGCGCCUCUUGGCUGUGAUCAGUUUUAUCGCAGCACAACGGGCGGCAUUGCCAGCUUCAACUUUGCUGGUGGCAUUUACAUGCCCAACAUGCGCUAUGCCAUUUGUGUGGCAGGUGCAGCAAAUAUGGAGAUUAGCUACAGCCUGGAUCACUUUUCGUUAUCCAAAUCUAACAACGAUGUCCUUGGUCCUGGCUACGAUGAGGAUUGCCAUAGUACAGUGAAAACCAUGGGACGCGCUACAGACUAUCUACUUAUUGCCAACUCAUAUAUGGCCAACAAUCAGGCAUUUCAGCCUACUUAUUAUUGUGGCAAUCAGUUGGCUGGAAGUAAAAUCAUUGCACGUCCACCCUUCGUAAUUAAUUUCUCCAGUGACGCCCAGACAAAUGCAUCCGAAACGGGCUUCCAACUCACCUACAAAGUCCGUCAAUCACAAUCACAGCUAUGAGUUGGUAUCAUGGCCAAAAUCAAGCUACAGAAAUUGGCAUAAUUAAAUGUUAUUCAAUGCAUACAAUAACAACUAGCAGGCACAGUGACAUCAAGUAGUCUUAAUUAAAUAGACCUAGCACACACUGGGAAUUAAUUAA